UUCAAUGGUUACCUCAUCAUUCUAAUCUCCAAUUUUUCAUUUCUCAAAUUUUUACAUGAAACAAAAAUGAACAACUUAGACUCCUACCCUCCAAUUCUCCGCCUCCCCAACAACCAUUCACAAAACCUACACGACCCAAAUGACAAAAUGGAUCCUAACCCGAUUCAAGAUCCGGAUCCUAUUCCAAUCAUAGAUCUUAAGUCCUUAAACCACAAAAAUUUGGAUGAGGCUUGUAAAGAAUGGGGUCUAUUUCGUUUGGUUAAUCAUGGUGUUCCAAUAACACUUUUGGAACAACUUCAAGAUUUAACUAAAGAACUAUUUUCUUUGUCUUUUGAGUCCAAACAAGAAGCAUGCAAUGAAAGUCCUAUUACAUAUUUUUGGGGUACCCCUGCCUUAACUCCAUCUGGGACAGCUAUAACAAGAGGUCCUCAAAAUAUCAAUUGGGUUGAAGGUUUUGAUGUGCCAUUGUGUCAACUCUCUCAAUUUCAACACCAUCUUCCUUCACUCGAGUCAAUGAGGCUUUUGCUAAUGGACUAUGCAACUCAUCUUUCAAGAAUUGCUACAACUUUAUUUGAAGCAAUGGCUAAGAACCUUGAAUUGAAUCUGAAAUCAACAAAGUCCUAUGUAUCAGAAAAAACUGGUCUUGUACGUGUGUAUCGUUAUCCAUGCACUGAAGUUGGUUGGGGAAUGGAGGUUCAUACAGAUAGCUCAGUAUUGUCCAUAUUAAACCAAGAUGAUCAUGUUAGUGGGCUUCAAGUUCUCAAAGAUGAUCAAUGGCUAACUGUAAAGCCCAUUUCCAACACAUUGAUUGUCAACCUUGGUGACAUGAUGCAGGCAAUUAGCAGUGACAUAUACAAGAGUGCAUCACACAGAGUGAAGGUAGAGAAAGAUAUAGAAAGGAUUUCAAUAUGCUACUUUGUAUUCCCAGGUGAUGACAUUGUAAUUGAGAGCUCCAAGUACAAUCCCUUUACUUACAAUGAGUUCAGAGCACAAGUGCAAAAAGACAUCAAAGCCCUUGGGCAUAAAGUUGGGCUUGCAAGGUUUCAAUUGAAUCAAGAUUGUUAAUUAAACUUGUAAAAUUUUCAAUUCAUCUUCUAAA